AUGAAUGAAACAUUGAAACUAGUUCUAGUAGGUUAAAUAGGAGCAGGAAAAACAAGUCUCUUGUAAUCUCAUAGACAACAAGAGUUCAUAAGUCAUAAUGUAUCAACUAUUGCAGUUGACUUUUAAGGUUUUAAAAAUGUAUUGAUUAAUGGGAAACUUUUUGAUAUUUCGAUUUGGGAUACAGCUGGUUAAGAAAAGUUUAGAUCAAUUACAAGGAUGUCUUUAUAAGUAUAAAAAAAUGAAUAAAUAUAAUUAGAAUGCUAAUGUUUCAAUUCUUUGUUUUGAUUUGAGUGAUCCUGAUUCAUUUAGACAUAUUUAAGGUUGGUUAGAUUUUCUUUAGGUUAAUUGUUAGCCUGAUAUGGGAAUUAUUAUUGUAGGAACUAAAAUGGAUCUACCAACUUUUUAUAAUAAGGAAGAUCUAUAAAAAUUUCUUUAGACAUUAAAUACAUAAUAGUAAUUAAAAUUAUUUCUUACAUCUGCCAAGACAAAGGAAGGAGUUUAAGAUACUUUCUAAUAUGCUUAUGAAUUAGGAGCAAAUAUAAAAAUAAAAGCUUUAAAAAUGAAUAAAUCAACUUUGUUAGUUCCACCUGGUGAACCAAGUACUUAGACACAUAAAAAAUCUACAAAUAAAUAUUUUAAUAGUUGUUAUUGUUGUUGAUGUUAAAAAGCAUUGAUUAAAUAUAUUUAUUAUCGAU